AUGUCAAAAAGGUCGAGUCAUAGCUAUUCCCAUGACACGCAGGAGGUUGUGCACAAUGGCGAGGAAAGACAGAAGAAAUUAUUGCAAGAGGAUACGGGUCACUUCAGCAUGAUUAGAAUGCUUCACCUGGCAGACUUGAUUACAGAAAUGAAUGGCUUCUGUGGAAUCAUGUCAAUUUUUUCCUCCAUGCGUUACUGUCUUGGACCACCAUCUGCACACGGUAACUUAUGGGCUGCGCUGGCCUUCAUGCCUUUCGGCCUUUUCUUUGAUUUUAUGGAUGGAAAGGUUGCUAGAUGGAGAGAGAAGAGCAGUCUUAUGGGCCAGGAGCUCGAUUCGUUGGCUGAUCUGAUUUCCUUCGGUGUAUCCCCAGCAGCAGCUGCCUUCGCCAUUGGACUUAGGACACCAGUCGACCACGUUUUUCUUGCGUUUUUCGUACUGUGUGGUCUUACACGUCUCGCACGUUUCAAUAUUACAGUCGCAAAUGUUCCCAAAGAUCAUACUGGAAAGAGUAAAUAUUUUGAGGGAACUCCUAUACCGACGUCCUUAUCGAUCGCGGCGUUAAUGGGGUAUUGGGUUAGUCAGGGCUGGGUUUUAGAUAAUUUACCAUUGGGUACUUGGGCUACAGGUACAACAUUUGAAUUCCAUCCUGUCGUCGCUCUUUUUAUUGUCAGCGGAUGCCUCAUGACCAGUAAAAAGAUUCAUGUCCCGAAGCCAUAG